AUGCCACCCAAAAAAGGUGACACAAAAUCAGCUGCCAAGAAAGGCAAGUCAGAGGAGCCAAAAAAAGGGGGAAAGGAAGACAAGAAAGGAGGCAAAGAUGACAAGAAAGGGGGUAAGAAAGUGGAGGAGUCACCAGCUAAGGGAAAAGGAAAGGGAAAAAAACCUGUCAGUGAGUCAGAAGAGGGGUCGGAGGAAGAAGAAGAGGAGAUGCAGACUGAUGAGGAAGAAGACGUUGAUGCCAGUGAGAAGGAGGAAGUGACCAAGAAGGGCAAAGGGAAGGGGAAAACAGCUCUAAAAGGUGCAUCAAAGGCCAUGGCUGUGAAGGGGUUUAAACCGUCUAAAGGUGCAGAUCCAUCUGAUGAAAAGGCCCAGAUGAAGAAAGGGAUGGGUGCAAUGAACCUAAAAAAGAUGAGUGAUGUCAACAUUAAAGGAGCAUCCAAGGCAAUGAUGGGUUUUGCUGCAGAGGGGCAGAAGAAGAAUGCAAGUGCAGCAAAAGCAGCAAAGACAGCAGAUGCAAAGUCUCACCUCAAAGGAGCCUCAAAAGCCUUAUCAGGCCUCACGGGGAAGUCCUCUCCUUUUGCCUUGACCUCUAAACAGCCAGCAGCAAAAACGAAACCAAAGAGAAACCUCAAAAGUACCUCCCGUCUUUUCCUACGACUCUCCAAGAAAAAGAAGCCCCCUGCUGAUGGGAAACCACUUCUGGGCAACAGCAAACUUUUUUCCGGGUUUGGGGGUAAACAGACUUCCCCUGAUAAAAAGUUGGGUUUGUCUGGCUUCAGUAUGUUCAAUAAAAAAGAUGAUACUCCAAAAGAAACCAAACAAACUACAAAAACAAUAAAUUUAUCCAGUCUAAGUGGCAAAGGGAAAAUGGCAUCAGAAGCUAAGGGACUUGGGGGGAAAUUUAAAGGCAUGUUUGGGAAAAAGAAAACAGGAUCUGGGUUUAAGACUAAAGGUUGGAUGUUGGGAAGGAUAGCUGCAGCAUCCAAUUGGUUGACUGGGAGGUUUCUGUCUUCUAAGGGCCGAAGUCGGAUGGGGGCACGGGCAGGGGGACAUCAUCGAAAACAUCUAUCAUUUGCCAACAGGAACACUAGAGGGAGACAGACUUAUUACAAUGGAGCUUAUGACUAUGGUGAUGAUGAGAAUGGAUAUGAAGAAGAUUACCAAGACAGGUGGAGACCUAGAGGCUUCCAGAGACAACACACCCCAUAUGACCCAUAUGAUCCUUAUGGGGAGGAAAUGGACUACUAUGACGAUGAUGAGUGGGAAGAUGAAUAUGGUUAUUAUGAUGAUGAGGGCAACUUCUAUUAUGAUGAUGAAUUGAACUAUUAUGAUGACGUAGAGUACUACAAUUACCCCUAUGACUAUUAUGGUGAUGAGUGUGAUGAUUACUACUACAAUGACGGGACAGAGUAUUACUAUGGUGAAGAUGGGAUGUUGUAUGCAUUGGAACCAGAGCAGUAUGAGUACUACAGCAAUACCAUGGAUGGUGUCUAUGGUCCCAAUGACCGUGCACUGUAUGGUGAUUACUUUAACCAAAAUAUGGUUCAUGCCUAUGGAAUAUCAGACCCAUAUGGGAUGAUAAGCAAUGGUUAUGAUCUAUUUUCAGGCCUAUAUAAUGAUCCAGUGCUUGGAUAUGCUGAUCCCAAUGCUGUUUAUAACCCCAAUCAGCAGCCAUUUUUUAUGGGUGCUGCGCCAGAUCUAUCUGAGACAAGACAGCUAUUUGGUCAGGAGCAGCUUUCAUACCCUUUGGCUGAGCCACUUUCUGUGGAGCAGUUCAGGGUCCCCAGACCUCAGGUUAAACUAUUUGGAAAAGAAAGACUUGAGUUUGAAACUCUGCCACCUCCUCCUUCUCCUCAUUCUUAUCCCUCCUUCACAGGGGUUGCUCCUCCUUCCCCAUAUGUAACACUUAAUGACCUGGAAAUUGUUUCGGAAAUACCAUUUGAGCAGCCUCUUCCUAUUGGUCUUUCAGCACAACCUCAUUAUCCAAAUGUCAUGAUUCAACAACAACCCCAACUUCCUCCUGGACAAGCCUCUUCUCCAACAGCUAUGGUCUUUCAGCAGGAGUCCAUCCCUCUCCCUCAGCCUACUUACUGUCCUGCCUCUUUUUCUCAAAGUCGCUUGCCUCCAUCUUCCCUACCAUUACAAAUGUCUCCCCAGAUUUACCAACCACCUUUAUUCCAAGAUCCACAAAUGUUCCAGAUGGGGCAGAUGUCACCAAUGGUCCCAUCAUUGCAGCCACAGAUGCCACCAUUGAUGCAGGCACAGUUGUAUUCACCUUUAGGCUCACCUAGGCCAGCCCAGCGAAUAAGUCCACCUCCAUCCCCAUCACUUUCACGAAGGCCAACAUCAUUUAGAGCAACUGCACCUCAUUCUCCACGUCCCCCGCCAUAUCACAUGGACAUCCCGACUGGCAUCCAGCUAGACUCCCACUUCUCCCCUGGCUUGCAAAGAAGAGGGCUUACUCACCAAGCAUCAUUGGGUGGCCAAAGACAAAGUUCCCCUCGGCAGAGACCACCGAGCCCACCCUUUUUUUCACCAAUUAAUAGGAGAGGGGAGUCAGUUAGAACUCAGGCAUCCAUGGGAGGGGGAAAAAGAGGAAUCACAGUGCGACGGGGUCGAUCAACUGUCAGACCCCAUUCCCCUCUUUCAAGCCCCAUAGCUUCACCUCGAGGAUCCAUGAGGAGGGGGACAAGCCCACCACCUUCCCCAAGACUCUCUUUUAGGCAGCAGCCUCCUCCAGAUGCAGUUCCUCUGCCUCCUGCCAGACCACAUACGCUCAGAGGUAGGAAACAAAUAUCAAGAAUAACUAGUUCAUCCUCUCCUCCCCAUCAGUUUCUACAAAGAGGGAGUCCCCUGGUAGCUGAGAGAUCUCAGUCCCCACCCCAAGCCUUUCACCCCACCUCCCCCCAUCGUCCACCCUCACCUUCUCCAUCACGUAUCUCAAGUCACCCUUCACCAACUCGGUCUUCUACUCGCAGGCUGAGAGGUGGAUCCAGUCGAGGUCAUGUCCCUAUGGGAGCAGUGAAACCCUCCCCAGCGAACCCUUACCUGCAGGGACGCAAUAGACAUGGCCCCCCUGUCACUCAGCAUGUAGCCCCAUUCAGAUCAUCCAUUCAUAGUGGACCACCCUCUCCCUCAGGUCAGACAGGGGGUGUACCUGGAAGACCCAUAUUAGCAAGGACAGGCUCACGGGCCACAGGGUUAAGGGAGUCUCAGCAAAUUGGUGCUCCCCAAGGAGGCUUUCACAGACCUGUAGGAAGAGGGCAACCACUAGUGCGUAUGCCCAGAACCCAGCCCUCUAUUCAUUCCAGGCAGUCAUUCAGAUCCCCUCCCCCAGUUCACCCUGCCUCCCCACAGCCUUCUUUAAAGCAAAGUGGUCCUUUGUCUCCGCAGCCAUCAGUGCGAAGGCUGCAGAGUAGAACUCCAUCUCCACAACCAUUGCAACGUCAGUCUCCUCUUCCCUCACGUUCAGCCUCUCCUAUACAUCCACUAUCUCACCCACCGCUUCCCUUGCAUAACAGGGGCAUGAGUCCUCAGAGUCUGGGGCCUACACCAUUCCAGCAUCCAGUGCUUCACCCAGGUCAGGAGGUCACCCAGUAUAACUACACUAUGAUGGAGCCAGGUCCAACACCAAUGCUUACAAAUGCUUUACCAAAUCCUCAAAUGAUAAAUGCCCCCAUUCCCCCCUCUCCUCAUGUAUCCUCCAUCCCUUUCUCCACUAAUGUAAACCCAACCCUCCUACAGAGGCCAUCCUCCCCCCAAACACAGUAUGACGUCUCAUCAACUUUUCAAGGACAUAUGCUCCAGAGCCCCUUUAUUCAGGAUUCAGGUGUGACCACAUCUUUACAGAGAAGCCUUUCUCCGGCACCUGGUUGGCAAGGAGAAACAGUGGCUGAAAGGGUUAGCCAGGAGGGAGGCCCACUUGCUACUCCUUUUCUGUCAAAUGCUUUAAUGCAGAGCUCUCACCUGCGCAGUGCCUCCUACAUAUCUCCUCUUCAACGUAAUGCCAACGUCUAUACAACGGUCCUCUCAUCUCCUUCAGCUUCCUCCACACCUCACCUCCCCUCGCCCCUUCAAGGACACCUUUCUCCCAUGUCUUCCGCUCCUCCUCUGACCACACCUCAACAAGGGCCAAUUAGAGGAACCUCUCCUUUUCUCUCUGGUGGAUUGCAGACCUCCCAAAUUCAGAGUUCAAUGUUAAGAAUUCCAGGUGGCACUUUUGCAAUGUCUAUGGGCACUGCAGGGCCUCAUGUUCCCUCUGAUGCUGGCUUUGGUGUUGCUACUGAUGGGAGGCUAUCACCCUCCAUGAUUACAAAUGCCCUGCAAAACCCAAGUCUACGUCAGGCCACCUACAGACUACCUGAUGGCUCACUGAUCACUAGAACUGAAGUGACUGAAUCUUCUCCAAGUCAUUUACCCCAUUCAUCACCUAUGUUAUCGCCUGCUUUGCUUAAUCCUAGGUUGCAACAAGCAACAUAUCGUUUACCUGAUGGCACAAUUGUAAGCAGGACAGAGGCCUCACCUGCACACUCCCCUUCCACGUCUAUGCUUUCCUCUGCACUAUUGAACCCCAGUGUACGUAAGGCCACAUAUAGGCUACCAGAUGGGACUUUGGUAAGAAGUAAUGAGCAAACAUCUGAGCUGGCCACCACUUCCUCUUCUGUGCUCUCCUCUGCUCUUCUCAACACUAAUGUUCGUAAGGCCUCUUACCGAUUACCUGAUGGUUCAUUGCUAUCACAUCCAAGAGACGAGAUGCAGACUGCUGAAAGUGCAGUUUCGUCCCCAGGUUUAACAAGUGCUUUGUUGAAUGCUAACCUGCGAAAGGCAAAGUUUCAACUUCCAGAAGGAUCUUCAUUGUUUGCAAGGAAUCAAACCCAGUCUGCCCCCUCAGGCCCUCUCCUUUCUGGUGCCAUGCUGAACUCAAGCCUCCGUGGUGCCUCCUACAAACUCCCAAGCACAUCAUUGCUGAGGCAGCCUGGUUCUGCUGAUACCUCAAAGUCACGCUCUCUUGACCUUUCUAAUGCCCUCCGAAACCAGAACCUCCGUUCAGCCUCCUACCGUUUGCCUGAUGGGACUCUGACGACUCGCCCUCAGCCUGCAGCAGCACCCCGAACCCUUGACUUAUCGAAUGCUCUAUCAAAAAACCCAAACCUUCGUGAUGCAAAGUACCGCCUCCCUAACAGUAAUGUCCUUAUGAGGCCAGGUGUCCCUAGCAAACCAGAACCACGCUCACUUAGUCUCUCCGGUGCCCUCCAAAACCCUCAACUACGGGGGGCUUCUUUCCACCUGUCCUCUUCUUAUGCCGUUGUGUCACCCCAGGUCCAAGGACCUGGUCCUGACCAGCACUGGGCACAAGGACCUGGAGUUGAAGGUUUGGGUCUGGAACAAGAUGUGGAUGUUUGGGGUGCAGAGAAGGCUCUACCUCCCGGGACAGUGCAGAACCUCAACAAGUGGUCUUUGUAUAGAGAUGGAGAGCUGCUGGACCCCCAUAGCCUGAUGAGACAGGGACAAGGAGGGCCUGAACCAGGUGUAUGGAAUCUCAGCAGGGAGGGGGAACCACAGGGGCAAUGGUUUGACAGGGUAAUUCUUUAAGAAUAUUUAAUUCAGUUCAUUUCAGACUUUUAUUUUGUAAGGGACUUUGAAGUUACCUUUAUUUCCAAUGCUGUUGAGAUUACAGUUAUAGUUAGAGCAAGAAAAACAAGAGCACAUAUAAAACAGUCACAAAAACAUGGAAGCAUCAGAAUCUGAGACACAGAAGUGAAAGAUCAGAGUAGAGUAGUUUUAGAGAGUGUUCAGCAGAAGCACAAAGGACUUAGAGUCUUAGUCAAUCAGUAGGACAAACGUGAAUUCCUGAAUUCCAUUGCUUCAAGAUUGUUAUGUAAGGAGGUAGCUUAGCCCAAAAUGCAUAAGAUUGUGGCAGUGAGAAUUUGCACCCACAGCAUACUGUAAAUAAAUGGCAAACAUGACACUGCGCCCCUCAGUUGUUGAGAGAUAAAUCACAAGCAUAGUGGUAAAGUAUGAGGGCUUUAAAAUGUUCAACCACUGGCCUUUUAGUCACCUCUCAUAAACAAAAACAAAUCAAUGUUCUUUCGGGCACGUUGUCUCUGCUAUUUUGUAGAUCAGAAUUUUUUCAGUGAUUAAUAUCAUGUCAUCAUUGACUCGUCUGAAUUGUGAGGGGGAAAAUAUUGUCACUUCAUCCCAAUGUUUCAUAAUCACGACUUAAAAACAAACUGCUUUUUUAGAGUUAACAUGGCAGGAGUCCAGGAGUUAACCUGGUGUUCUGGGAAAAUCUGCUUCAGUAUCUUCAGGCAAAGACAAGAAAAUUCCAAAUCUGAAGAAAUAUAUAUAUAUACAGAUAUAUGUAUAUAUUCUGUUGUAUGAACGUUAAUGUUUUAGUUUCUCUUUUCUGAAUUUGAAUUUGUGUGUUUUUGUGGUAGAUGUACUUCAUUAGAAGCCUGCCAAUCAUGGAUCACCAGGAGCAACCAGAAGAAAAUGGAGUGGAGGACAUGACUCAGCUGGAGUAAGUAAAAAAAGAAAGAAAGAAAAAACGUUGUUUUAGGAAAAGGAAGUGGUUCUGCUUUUGAGAUCUUCAGGGUAAAAAUCAAAAAUACAGUUUGGUAUUCUGCCUCUGUCCAGGGAAAUGCAUGAAGAGGCUGUUCUGAUGAACCUGAGAAGAAGAUUCGAGAGAGAGCUUAUUUAUGCAAGUAUUCUAGCAACGCUUGUGCAUAACACAAAACAAUACUUCAGAACUAUGUCAAUGUUUAUGUAAUAUACUAAUGUUUUCAUGUUUGUUUAAUUUCUCUCUACUCCCUGGAUAUUUCAGACCUACAUUGGUAGUAUUCUGGUGUCUGUGAACCCCUAUAAGAUGUACAACAUCUAUGGGAUGGACAUGGUGCUACUGUACAAGGGUCGUGCUCUGGGAGAGAACCCCCCGUGAGUUCAGUCAAACUUUUAGCAAAGGGAAAUGUGAAAUAAAAGGACUAAAACAAGCAGGCAAGGGUGGGGUCAGAUAAAUAAGACAGAAAAAGGAAGAAAACUGUUUUUGCCUCUUGAGUUUUUAGUGAUUUAUUUCUUGGAUGAAACUACUCUCUCUCUCUUUUAGGCAUUUGUUUGCCAUAGCAAAUGCUGCUUAUUCCAAAAUGAUGGAUGCCAAACACAACCAGGUCAUAAUAAUCAGGUAAGAAGCUGACUAUCCCUCCUAUUUUCAGUCCUCUAAAUUUGUUCAUCUUAACACUUGAGUUAGCUAAUGUUGUAGUUUAACUGGGCAGCACCCAUGAGUUCAGCUCUAGAGCGUUUCCAGCUGUUAUGUUUAUGAGCUCACUGAUGUUGUCCUGCUUCAGUUCUUUCCUCUGUCUCGUCCUCUUACUUUAUUUAUACUGCUCCUUUUUUAUUUGCUUCUAUUCAGUGGAAAUGUACAAUGAAAAAAAACAAUUGAUAAAAUUCGUGUUUUUAGCUUUAGCAGCCGCUCCAGACCAGGAAACUGUUCCCUUUAAUUAACUAGUGUGGUUUGGUCUAUUCAUUAAGUUGCAGUGACAUAAAAACGGCUGACGAUGUUCUUGCACGCUUUAAUAAUUAAGUUUGGGUUUGCACACUGCCGGUUUGUUUCUCAGUCUUGUGUUUGAUUGCUCCUUUGUUAUUAAGAAGAUUUUAUUGAUUGUAUCUAUUGAUCGUUUAUAAACAUCUUACAGAGUGGGAAUAUUUGAGCUUUUCCCACAUGUACUUUCACACGCACUAAAAGUUAGACUCAUGAUAAUCCUAUUAUAUUAUCACCAGAGCCAUUGUUCACAUAUAUAUGAACAGGUAGUUGUUCCAUUUUGCACACAGAAACGAGGUGUGGCUACGUGGCCCAGGGAAACCUAAUAAGCAUAUAUAUAUUUACAGUCUGACUUUAGGCGCGCCUUAACCUGGGGUACUGGUAUCAAGUUUUGAUUUGUUCUUGAUCUUUAGAAUAACCUCAGAAAGAGAGAGAGAGCUCAGACAGAUGAGUGAUAGAUUCUGCCACCAUCCACAGAAGAGGAGAGACAAAAACUGACCGUGUUUUGGACACACUGAAGGUCCAGAUGUACCUCCGUUUGAAGCUGUUUCCCAUCAGCAGCUCCAUCAGUGCGUCUGCUGUAGACCAGUGUGUGCUCAACGGCAGCUAUAGAGACUGAACGUGUGAGAGAGAGAGAAGCCAGGUGUGAAACAAAGGAGCCCAGAGCACAAAUAAUAGAGCUCAGAUUCACUGAUGAAAUAAGAGUUUUAGCAGAACAACGUAUGAUGGUGUGACUACAGACUGUGACUCAUGAUCUGUAUAUAUUCAUCCUGCUGGAAUCACAGUUUGUACUUUGCAUGAAGAUGUGCAGAUCAGUGAACAUCAUUGAGAACAUUGUUGGAGCCGCCCAUAUGAGCGUGGUAUCAUCACCAAACUUCAGCAGUGAACAGAUGAAUAUAAUCAGAACAUCUUCAUACCGAGUGAAAGCAGCAGCAACACUGAGGCGAGUCUCUGUGGAGAUUACCAGAAACCUUUCUCUCUCUCUCUCUCUCUCUCUCUCUCUCUCUCUCGGCUAUUUCUUGUUUUUUUUGUCUCGUCUGUCACCAGAGGGGCGUUUCGUAUUCAUUGGUUUUGUGUUCAAGACUUUGACCUUGACAUACAAGGUGUCCAUGACUCUUCUCGGACAGUACGGGUUCCCCCUCCAGUACCGUCUGUGUUUUUGUGAGACAGGGCCACCCAUCACUUCUUCCUCUCCUGGUCUAUGUGUCCCAUGUAGGGAUGUAAACUGUACAUGGAUCAUACAUCAGCACAUAAGGGAAGGGCGUUUCCACCCAAACCAGAGGAACAGACACACACAGACACUUUCACACGCACUUCCAACACUCUGGCCGUAUUUGGAAAGAGACACCUGAAAGAAAAGCCCGAUGGAGUCUGAGCCAGGAGCAGAUUCUGUUUCAGAGUCAUACAUGUGUGCCAGGAGUGUUCAGGAGCAAACCCUGAGUGUGUGUGUGUGAGUGUGUGUGUGAGUCAGUGAGUGUGUGAGUCAGUGAGUGUGUGAGUCAGUGAGUGUGUGAGUCAGUGCGUGUGUGAGUCAGUGAGUGUGUGAGUCAGUGAGUGUGUGAGUGUGUGAGUCAGUGAGUGUGAGUGUGUGAGUGUGAGUGUGUGAGUCAGUGAGUGUGUGAGUCAGUGAGUGUGUGAGUCAGUGCGUGUGUGAGUCAGUGAGUCAGUGAGUGUGUGAGUCAGUGAGUGUGUGAGUCAGUGAUUGUGUGAGUGUGUGAGUCAGUGAGUGUGUGAGUCAGUAAGUGUGCACGUUAUGGGGUAACAGAAUUCGGUGUUCAGUGACCAGUAAUGAGCAGAUCUUCAGCUAUCAAGACUCUGUUAUAAAACCUUAUGCUGGACUGUGGUUAAGGUGCUGGUGUCCCACACACACACACACACACACACACACACACACACACACACACACACACACACACACACUGCUGUCACAUCACUUAGUCAAUUAAGAAAAAGACAACAAGCAGUGAAGGGGUGAGAGGGAUCGAAUACUGGCCGCUCUUAAGUGAUUAAAAAAGCCGUGUGGAACAGCGCCGUCGGAGCAGAGAGAGUUCAGUGACCUCUCAGUUUCCUCAUAACGGGGUUUUCCACUAAAUGACCUGACGGACGUCUUUACGUGUUAACUUCAGGUUCAUGUACGUCGUGUCUUUAAGUGUCUGUAACUGUGUUUCAGUGGAGAGAGCGGAUCAGGGAAAACAGAGGCCACCAAACUCGUCCUUCGAUACCUCGCAGCAGUUCAUCCUAAAUGUAAUAUUGCACAUCAGGUAUGCACGUACAUCUACACACAAAGACUGUUCCAGAAGGUGGUUUACGGCUCUGAGAACCUCGUUGUCCUUGUCUCUGUCUCUGCUGGCUCUGGUUGGAUGCAGAUUGAGGUAUCGGGGCUCCUGCAUGACUUGUGCUCUAAGUUUUUCCACCUGUCGUCUCAGAUCAUAUUGUCUUGAUGUUGUGUUUUGCUGUGGUGUCACU